GAGCAAGCGUUUGAGAUUUUGCGCUCGCUUCGUUGGAUUUCUGUUGCCUUCUCUCUGAGAUUUGAGUGUGGGAAGGAGGAGGAGGAGGAGGAGGGUGGCGAUUGAUCAAUCGAACGAUUGAUUGGUUCUUGCGGCGAUCGAUGGCGAAGGUGGUUCCGGUGCCUGAGGUGUACGCACGGGACCAGAUGAUCUCAUGGUUCCGGAGCGAGUUCGCCGCCGCGAACGCGAUCAUCGACGCGUUCUGCAGCCACCUGGCGCAGAAAGAUGGCGGUGAGGAGUACGAGUCGGUGUUCGCCGCCCUGCACUGCCGGCGCCUGAAUUGGAUCCCGGUGCUCCACAACCAAAAGUACUUCCCCAUCGACGAGAUCUCCUUCGAGAUCCGCUUGCUAGAAGCCAACCGCGAUACCGCAAGGGAGAGGCUUCGUCUUCCUCCGGCACAGUCGGAGGAGACGAUCAAUUUUUGGGAGAGCGAUAGCCCUCCCGCUGAGAAUGAAAUACCUUCCCCGGAAGAGCAAGCUUCCGGCGAGGCGGUGGAGGGAAGCAUUGAGGUCGCGGGGAUCGGGGAAGACGGUGCGGCGACGGCGGAUGCGUCUUCUGGAGGAAACUCGGAGCAAACUUCUCCGGAGGCGGAGGCCAUUAAGGUCGCCUUCACAGAGGAAGCGCCGGCGGAGGAAGAACCUUCCUACAAGGCGGUGGGGAAAAGCAUUGAGAUCGCGGGGAUCGAGAAGGACGCGGCGGCGACGGCGGAUCCGUCUUUGGGAGGAAACUCAGAGCGAACUCCUGCGGAUGCGGAGGUCAUUAAUGCCGCCUUCACAGAGGAAGAACCUUCCGACGAGGCAGUGGGGGAAAGCGAUGAGGUAGCGGGGAUCGAGGAGGAUUCGCCCUGUGGAGCAAAAUGCUCGCUUCAGAUUCAGAAUGGUGUCGAAGACGGCGACGCCACCGGAGGAUCGCAAGAACCAACUUCGGCGGUCGACAUUUCUGCCAACGAUGGAGAUUUCUCGGCGCGCCUGGAGAGGAUCAAGCUCUCGAAAGGUUUCGUGGCAAAGGAGUCAGUGAAAGGGCAUAUGGUUAACGUUGUCAAAGGUCUCAAGAUGUAUGAGGGUAUUUUCACAGACUCAGAGUUGCCUGACCUCGUCCAGUUCAUCAAUGGACUUCGUCAUGCAGGUCGAAGAGGAGAACUCUCCGGGGAAACAUUCAUUUUCUUCAAUAAACAAAUGAAAGGGAACAAGAGGGAGAUCAUUCAAUUCGGCGUUCCAUUAUUCCAGCCAACCACUGAAGGAGAAAGUACCACCGAGCCAAUUCCCCCUGAAUUGCAGAACAUAAUUGAUCAUUUGGUCCUUUGGCACAUCAUACCAGAUAAUAAGAAACCUAACAGCUGCAUUAUCAACUUCUUCGAUGAGGGCGAUUAUUCUCAGCCCUACUUCAAACCUCCCCAUCUGGAAAACCCCAUUCUGACACUCGUCCUCUCUGAAACGACCAUGGCUUUUGGCCGGUCGCUCAUCAGUGACCCCGAAGGAAACUACAAGGGAUCGCUAAUUCUUACACUCAAUGAAGGGGCACUCAUAGCGAUGCGCGGCAACAGUGCAGACAUGGCGAGGCACGCGGUGUGCGCCUCGCCAAACAAGAGGAUGACCGUCACAUUCGUGAAGGUUAAAACCGCCGCUCACAGUUUGUACUCGCCUACUGCUUCACGGGCCAACCAAGCUAUGAUCUGGUGGCGACCGGAGUGCUCCCUCCCGCAGCCAACCAUGCCCAUGCCUGGAGUCAUUGCGUACGGACCUCAAGCCAUGAUUCCACUGCAAGCUCCAGCCGCUGUCAUGGUGGCGCAGCCAGGAGGAGAAGUCGUCCUGACCACCUCCCGUAGGAACUCGCCGCCGCACAACGGAACUGGCGUCUUCCUGCCCUGGGCCACCGUCGGCCCGAAGAAGUACACUAAGCACCUCCCUCCGCGUAUCCAAAAGCGGAGGCAAUCCUUCUUUCCAUCUUCGUUAGAAGCUCAAGCUUAACUAAAUUUUGGUAGUGGAUUUACUUCUACUAUAGAGAUUUCAUGGGUUGACGUUUUAGAGAUCAUUAAAUAUUAUGCAGCUGUCUUCCAGACAAACUUUUGCGUCCUGUUUAUCUAUCUAUCUUCCUCAUCGGCGGAAUUUCCGGUCUAAUUACUUGUGAUGUAAAGUUUUAACUUAUAUGAAAUAGUGACAGAGCAGAUCAGAGCUGA